GUGGCCAUUGCUCAAGGCAUGAGUGAUACAUUGGUGGCGAUCUUCCCCAAGCUAAGUCUACCCGUCGCCACCGGGGAGUGCUAUCCUCGCGUCACUCACAGCGAAUCAUUCGCAAAGUUGUACAUGAAGCUGUUUGCCAAGAGCGCAGACAGCAGAGCGCUCGACGACACCCAGCUCUACCCGUACCCGCUCCAGCAGUCUGUCUACGUCAAAGACUUCCCCUGUCCUUGUCACAUUCUCAUCACCAUGAGAGAUCACUUUCGCCAGGAGUUCACCUUCAACCAGCGGGUUCUGCGUAAAGCUAAGGUCCAGGUGGCUGCCGCUCUACAAGCACUGAACACGGCCCUGAGGGACGCCACCAUAGUCACCGUCCACGUCCGCAGGACCGACUACCUCGCUCACGUCAAAAACUACUACAAACAAAGUCCUGUCAAAGAUGUGUAUUAUCAACGGGCGUUUAACUUCUUCAGGAACAGAACACACAAUCCGGUGUUCGUGGUGACCAGUGAUGACCCAGAGUGGUGCAAGAACAACUUUAAGGACAAAGAUAUUGUUUAUGCUG